AUGCCCGUUGCUGUAGCGAAUUCGUUUACAUAUCAGAAGAUGCAUAUUAAAUCUGAUCAGCACGUGUCGAUGAUGUUUUCAUAUCAUCGUAGCAUCGGAAGCAUCUAUUCGAUGAAACUCUGCGUGAAGCUCCAAGAUGUGGGGGGCAGCUCAUCUAGUUCGAAUAACGUGGAGGAAAUGCGAAAUUCCGGUGCUGGUGAAGGCAUUCCAUUUUUGGACAUAGGCAGGGGUCGUAGUCCGUCCUUUAAUGCCUUCGUGGCCCCUGCCCAGGAUACAGAAAUACCUGACCGACGUCCCUCCCCAAAUGUCCAUGUUGCAUAUCCGGAAGGAAUGGCCGACGGGUUGGCUGACUCGUCUGAGGAAGACGAGAUUGAGAAUGAUAGUGGAGAGGAAGCAGAGGUUGUUCCGGAAACCCAACCGGUUCAGGGCAAUAGGGUCAUCCCAAGUGUUGUUGAACCAAUCAAUGUUGCAAGGGUCGGAGGUCAUUCCAGCGGCACCCCCGACCAUUACCUGCACCUCAGUCUUGGUCCAAUGAACUCGACAAAUGCAGAGGACAUACCCAGUAACUAUGGUUUGACAGGUGAAAUGGAGCUAGAGGUUGGCCUGAAAUUCCUGACUAAGGAUGCAGCAAUGCUUGCUGUUAAGAACUACAACAUACGUCGAAGUACGGAAUUCAAAGUAGUGGAGUCAGAUCAUACCAGGGUUGCGAAGACGAGGGCGUCCAGAUUUUGGGAAGUUCGAAAAUACCAAGGGCCUCACACUUGUUUGGCGUCCGCGACUUCGCAAGAUCAUGCUCAACUGGAUUCAAAUGUCAUAUGCCAGCACAUAUUUCCCAUGGUUCAAGCAGAUGCAACGAUUUGCAUAAAAGUGUUGCAGGGGUCCGUGGAGUCGGCAUACGGAUACAAGGUGUCUUACAAAAAGGUUUGGCUAGCAAAGCAAAAGGCAAUAGCAAGAAUUUAUGGAGAUUGGGAUGAUUCUUAUAACCAGUUACAGAGAUACUUCAAUGCGUUGCAAACCUUUGUUCCAGGGACAAUUGUUGACCUACAAACCCGACCAUACUACGUGGGCAACACCCUCGAUCGUGAAAGCGUCAUGUUUCAUCAAGUAUUCUGGUCAUUCCCAUCGUGUGUCGAGGCAUUCAAGCACUGCAAGCCUCUAGUUUCGGUUGAUGGAACACACCUGUAUGGUAAGUACAUGGGUACCUUGUUGAUGGGAAUAGCACAGGACGGAAACAACAACAUUCUUCCCAUAGCCUUCGCGCUAGUGGAACGGGAGAACACAGAUGCAUGGUACUUCUUUCUGACCAACUUAAGGAGACAUGUGGCUACGCAACCAGGUGUUCUACUAAUCUCUGACAGGCAUGCGGCCAUAAAGGCUGCGCUGGAGCGAAAGGGUUGUGGCUGGGAACACAAUGUUUACUGUGUCCGACACAUUGCGUCCAAUUUCGCAACAAACUUCAAGAGUAAAGAAGCUAAAAGACAUCUUGUUAGCGCUGCAUACUCGAAGACCCAAGAACAGGCACAGUACUACCUAGAGUUAAUAAGUGCGGAGGAUCCGGCCACGUCCCCGGCAAUGAUGGCUUGGAUAAGAGGGUUAGAGCCACCAAAAUGGCUCCAACACUGGGAUGAGGGGCGCCGAUACGGUCACAUGACAACGAACCUUUCUGAGUGUAUCAACUCUGUGAUGAAGGGCACUCGUAAUCUCCGGUGUGUACAAUUGUGA